GACAAAAAAGAUCCGGCGUCCGUGCUGUGGCUUUACAGCUGGGCCCGAUUGAGCAGCCCAUUUGGGCGGGCUACUCCGUGUUGGGCUGAAUAGGGUAAGGUAAUGCUGGAUGUCCUUUUCUUAGCCGUCCCUCCCUGUCCCUCGCCGCAUCUUCUUGUCUGGUGGUCGCCGAGCCUUGACUUCAUCGGGGAAAUAGAGGAGGAGAUAAAUCUGGGCGGCGCCGGCGUGGAGGUGAUGGGGAAGGCGGGGGAGGAGGAGGAGAUCGAGUUCGAGCCGACGGAGGACGAGCUGGUGCUGCACUUCCUGCGGCCGCAGCUGCGCGGGUUCGCGCCGCGCGUGGCGGGCGCGGUGGUGGAGGCGGACCCGUGCGCGGCAACCCCCUGGGAGCUGCUGGCGCGGCACGGCCUGCUGCGGCGCGGGCACGGCUACUUCUUCGCGGCGCGGCGGCGGCGCGGGAAGCGCGCCCAGGCGCGGCGCACCCCGGAGGGCGGCGGCGGCGCGUGGAUGCACAGCAGCAACAGGGAGGACCGGCGGUCCGUGACGGAGCUGGGCGUGGUGGCGCGCUGGUCCAUGACGCGCUACUGCUUCUACGCCCGCGACUGGGCGCAGGGGCGGCGGAGCACCGGGUGGGUGAUGAGCGAGUACGAGAUCACGGACCCGCGGUGCUACCGCCGCGCCGACGACGGCGAGGAGGACCACUACUGGGUGCUCUGCCACGUCCGCCGCAGCGUCAGGAAGAGCCUCAAGCCGCGCUCCCGGAGGCCGUAGGGGGGUCAGUAGUACUCGGUAGGCUGCCUCGCCUCGCCUCGGUCGCCGGCCGGCCGGCGCAACGCGGGGAGAGUCCCCAUAGGAUUUCGUGUCGCGUUUCUUGUGCUCGUCGCCCGGCAUGUCCGUCCGUCCGUCGGUGCGCGUGGGCCAUGGGCAGUGUUGAGAGAAGAAAGGAAAUGAAUGCGCGCUGUAAUAAAGCAGUUGGGUUGGUAUGGUUCCGCGUGCGCCAUAAGCGGUGUUCACAAUAUCU